UAUGUUACUGUAUUCAGGCCUGUUGACACACUCUUCAUUAUUGUUAAACGUUCAAUGUUAAUGAUUUCUUGUAAACAAAGUGAAAGAAUAAAUAACACUUACAUUUAUUACUGUUUUUCUAUUUAACAUUACUGAUUUUUUUCGGAUUAAACAAGAUGAAGAUCAGUGUUGAUGGGCUGGUGGUUUACUUUCCUUACGAUUAUAUUUAUCCAGAGCAGUAUGCGUAUAUGUUGGAACUGAAACGUGGUCUCGAUGCAAAAGGUCACUGUCUUUUGGAAAUGCCGUCAGGUACUGGAAAAACUAUAACUCUGUUAUCGUUGAUCCUAGCCUAUAUGAUGGAACAUCCUCACAUCAUCUCAAAAUUAAUAUAUUGUUCUCGUACGAUGCCAGAAAUAGAAAAAGUCAUACAAGAACUAAAAAAAUUGAUAGAUUAUUAUGAAAGAGAAGCUGAAAAGAAGAGUAACAUAUUAGCUCUAGUUUUAAGUUCUAGAAAGAAUUUAUGCAUUCAUCCAGAGGUUAGCAAAGAAAGAGAUGGAAAAAUUGUCGAUGGCCGUUGUCAUUCUUUAACUGCUUCCUACGUUCGAGAAAGGCAUCACUAUGAUGAUACCGUGCCCAUUUGUAGUUAUUAUGAAACAUUCGAUAUGGAAGGUCGUGAGUUACUUAUGUCUUCUGGAAUUUACUCCCUUGAAGAUUUAAAAAUUUAUGGAAAAGACAGAAAUUGGUGUCCAUAUUUUCUGGCAAGAUUUGCGAUUAUGCAAGCCCAGAUUGUGGUUUACAGUUAUCACUACUUAUUAGAUCCAAAAAUUGCUGAAACUGUUUCGAAAGAAUUAUCAAAAAAUUCCGUUGUUGUCUUCGACGAAGCUCAUAAUAUUGAUAACGUGUGUAUUGACUCAAUGAGUGUUAAAAUUAACAGAAGAACAAUGGAAAAAUGUUCUGCGAAAAUUCAAAUUCUCGAAAAAGCUGUAUCAGAAAUGAGGGAAGACGAUGUGAACAGAUUGCAGGAAGAAUAUAAUCAACUAGUUGAAGGAUUAAAGGAAGCACAAAUCGCAAGAGAAACUGACGUAAUCUUAGCAAAUCCUGUUUUACCAAGUGAAAUAUUACAAGAAGUAGUUCCUGGAAACAUUAGAAAUGCUGAACAUUUUAUUAGUUUCUUAAAACGUUUCGUGGAGUAUAUAAAAACACGUUUACGUGUUCAACAUGUGGUGCAAGAAUCUCCUGCUUCAUUUUUGAGAGAUACACAAAGCAAAGUUUGCAUUGAACGUAAACCACUCAAGUUUUGUGCUGAACGUUUGGCAUCACUUCUGCGAACUUUGGAAUUAACUGAUAUAAUAGAUUUUUCUCCCUUAAUACUAGUGACUCAUUUAGCAACGCUGGUUGCUACUUACACGAAAGGGUUUACAAUAAUUAUUGAACCUUUUGAUGAUAAAACAUCAACUGUCUUGAAUCCAGUGUUACAUUUUAGUUGUUUAGACUGUUCGAUAGCAAUGAAACCUAUUUUUGAUAGAUUUCAGUCUGUGGUUAUCACAUCGGGAACACUAUCUCCGCUGGAUAUGUAUCCAAAAAUUUUGAAUUUUCAUCCUGUUAUCAUGUCGUCUUUUACUAUGACACUGGCAAGACCAUGUCUUCUUCCUAUGAUUGUAUCUAAAGGACAAGAUCAAGCUGUGAUUUCUUCCAAGUAUGAAACUAGAGAAGACGUUUCAGUUAUAAGAAAUUAUGGACAACUAUUAGUAGAAUUCGCUGCGAUCGUACCUGAUGGAAUGGUCUGUUUCUUCACAUCAUACUUAUACAUGGAAUCUGUUGUUGCAGCCUGGUAUGAUCAAGGCAUGGUUGACCAACUUCAAAGGCACAAAUUACUUUUUAUUGAAACUCAAGAUUCUGCAGAAACCAGUUUGGCUUUAAUAAAUUAUAUUAAAGCUUGUGAGAAUGGAAGAGGUGCAGUAUUACUUUCUGUUGCACGUGGAAAAGUUUCAGAAGGUGUCGAUUUUGAUCAUCAUUUGGGAAGAGCAGUAUUAAUGUUUGGAAUUCCUUACGUUUAUACUCAAUCUAGAAUUUUAAAAGCUAGAUUGCAAUACCUCCGGGAUCAAUUUCAGAUUGCAGAAAAUGAUUUUUUGACUUUCGAUGCUAUGAGGCAUGCAGCACAGUGCGUUGGUCGAGCUAUUAGAGGAAAGACUGACUACGGCAUAAUGGUUUUCGCAGACAAGAGAUUUUCGAGAGCUGAUAAACGGUGUAAACUUCCUAAAUGGAUUCAAGAACAUUUGACUGAUAGUUUAUGCGAUUUAUCGACUCAGGAGGCCAUUCAGAUUAGUAAACGAUGGUUGCGACAAAUGGCUCAACCAUUUACGAGAGAAGAUCAAUUGGGUCUUUCACUUCUGACCAGAGAACAACUUGAAAAGGAAGAAGCGAGUAAAAUAGAAGAAAAGGCCCAACAGAAUUAAUAUGAAUUGUAUGCAAAAGACUAAAAACCAUCAACUUUUAGGAAAUUCAUAAAUUACUUUAAAAAGAAUAUUUUUUAUAUUUAAUAAGUUAAACUAUCGAAAGUACUGAGAGGUUGAGUAAAUUAAGUAAUAUUUUUACGAUGUACAUAUUAUGUAUUUCUAUUAACGAAUUAACAAUCAUUCGUUUAUUUUUGAAGUCUUCAAUAAGAUUUUAGAGCAAAUAUUAAAUAUCGCGGUAAAUAUUCAAAUGUAAAGAGUUAAAUGUUCAACGUUUCUUUUGAAUAAUAAAAAAUGUUUUCAAAAACAAAAAUUU